CGCCUACAAACGCAGCGGCGCUACUAGUGUCAAAUUAUAUCGCCCGGAUCCACUGAACUUGUACUGACAACUUCCGGCAUUUUGUCUUGUGUACUUUUCUUUUCGUCCAAAACUGUCAAGAUGGCUCGCGGACCCAAGAAACAUUUGAAGCGUUUGAAUGCUCCUAGAGGAUGGAUGUUGGACAAAACCGGUGGUACCUUUGCACCACGGCCGUCCACUGGUCCACACAAACUGCGUGAGUCCUUGCCCUUGGUAAUCUUUCUGCGUAACCGACUGAAGUACGCCCUGACUAACAAUGAGGUCACAAGGAUUGUGAUGCAGCGUCACAUCAAGAUUGACGGCAAGGUUCGCACCGAUCCAAAUUAUCCAGCUGGAUUCAUGGAUGUCAUCACUAUUGACAAGACCAGUGAGAACUUCCGUUUGAUCUAUGAUGUUAAGGGUCGUUUCACUGUUCAUCGUAUCACCCCCGAGGAAGCCAAAUACAAGCUUCUGAAAGUUAAACGCGUCCAAAUCGGACCAAAACGCGUCCCCUACAUUCUAACUCACGAUGGACGUACGAUUCGCUAUCCAGACCCGAUCAUUCACCAGAACGAUUCGAUUCAGUACGAUAUCGCCACCGGUAAGGUAAUGGACGUACUCAAGUUCGAACCGGGCAAUCUGUGUAUGAUUACUGGCGGAAGGAAUUUGGGUCGUUGCGGUACGGUCAUCCAGCGUGAGAAGCAUCCAGGAUCAUUCGAAAUUGUGCACGUGAAGGAUUCCACUGGGCACGUUUUCGCAACUCGGUUGACCAAUGUCUUCAUCAUCGGCAAGAGCAUCAAAGCUUUUAUCUCGCUGCCGAAGGGUAAGGGUGUUAAGCUGUCCAUUGCCGAGGAACGCGACCGACGACUGGCUAGCAAGGCUGCACACUAAACAUCCCGAAAGUUUACGAGUGUUAUAUUUGUUCAGUUAAAGUGGCAAGGAAGUAACUUUCGGAAGGUUUAUUUGAAGUUCUACAGCUGUACUCAAAUGCUGAAAAUAACUGAGUAAUGAAAAGCUAAAUAA